AUAAGACGAAACAAUCCAAUCUAAUUGAAGACAAUAUUGUGCAUUAAAUAUUAAUGGUUGUAUUUAAAUUACAAUUUUAUAGCUCAUGUUCCAAUUUUCUCAUCGAUUGGAACUAAUUCAACCUUAAAUGUUUAUUAUUAUAUUAUUAUUAGACUUAAUAUAGAUGUUGUGGUAGGAAUGACGUAAUCUCAUACUAAAUAUAUGUAUGCGGAUCGUGAAUAAUACUUUAUUUUUUGCUCAUAUUAAAUGUUACUAUAUAGGUUGAUGAUCCUGUGUAACGAUUUGCAUUGCAGAGGAAACGAAUGUCAAUAUUGUUCCACUGCAUGCAGCAAAAUCCCAAAUUCGGAUAUUUUUCGGUUUUUCGGAAGAAGGCCGAGAAACCCGGGAACCGGGCCAAUAUUUUUUUUUACACUGUAAUUGUGACUGUCCUGUUAUUCAUUCCUGAUACUUUGAAACAGUUGUAGCCUUUAACAUUUUGUCUCUAAUAGAAUUUUGCAGACGGCGUGAGUUAAUCAGUAUAAGUUUUAGUUUGUUCAGAAAUCUCAAAAUUCUCAAGCCACGAUCUUCCUGAGAAAACGAAACCACUGUCUGCCUACAUAAACGACACAGAGAAAAAUGGUACACGCCGUAAUAUACUGCAUGAGGGGGUGGGUCGCAUUUGUUGCCUUUAUUGAGCUGAGCAAUGCGAUCCGAUGUUUCAUUGAUGAGGAUAAUUUUCUUAAAAGUGGCCUUUUUAGCAAUUCCGAACCAGUGGACAAUGACAAAGUGACUUCUAUAACGGCAAGACUAAUGGGAAAAUAUUACUUUCUGAACUUUUUUGUGAUGACCCAUUGUGCAUUAUAUAUUCACCACUUUCCAAUAAUUUCAUUGUCAAUCUGUUCAUUGACAUUGUCCAUUUUUCUUCAUGGAUCUGAAGCCUUCUAUUACUAUACCGCUCCGGUGAACUUUUACGUGCUGUUUCCUAUACUCGUGUCAUUUUUCACCAUUGUGUGCCUUCUCAUCGCACCAAUAUAUUUGGAGCCAGAACAAAAGAAGAAGAAAAUUAUUGUUCAAAUUGACGAGGACGAAGAGGAAGAUGAGGAGACAAGGGUUAUUAAACAGCGACAAGCUCAAACUUUUCCAAAUUUUUCCAAUCGAAUUAAAAAGACGCAAUAAAACGGCUCGUAUGUAGAGAGACAAAGUACAAACCAACUUGGGUAAACUUCAAAUAGAGCUGAAAAAAUAAUAAGCAUUAGCUACCUAAGUUAUAAUGCCAUUGUCGAAAGAGUGUAAUUCAGUAUAAAACUUCCAUUUUUUUGCUACAUAUGUAUUUAUGCGAGCAGCUUUAUAAAUUUUGUUCAUUGAUUCAAAACUGGGUGUAAAUUACCAAAAUCUAUUUGGAUUAGUAGCUAUUACUUCAUAAGUACUUUAGGAUUUGUGAAUGCAAUUUAUACAAAAAAACGAAAUAAAAUGACGCAUCCAUAAAAA